AUGCCUCGCAACCUCUCGCGAUAUCAAAUACUGCCUGUUGCCUCUAUUUUACUUAAGAUUACAUCUCCGCGACUCGCCGAUUUCGUCACCAUGCAUCUCCUCCAAGUCGCAAUUGCAGCUGUCAGCCUUAGUGCCAUCGUACUAUCGGCCCCUGCCAACAUAAUUAGGGAUACCGCCAUCGUUGAAAGGGGAGAUCCAGGAUUUUGCGGUCCCAGCAAUAACGGAGCGACAGAGUGCUCUGGUAAAAUCCGCUACAAGUGUAAUGGAGCGGGGUUAUGGCUGAACGAUGGAAAGUGCAAUUGA